UAUAUAUCUAUAAAUAAGCACGGUGAAGAAAAUUUUUAUAUGUUGUUUUAUCAUAUAUAUUUGGAAUCUGAUAUGAUUAAUAAGAUAUGACAAUAUCUUAUUAAUUUAGAGAGAAUUUAUAGAACAUACAACAUGUUUUUUUAAGUUGAAUCUCGAAACACUCUCGAAUCAGAGGUCUACGGCGCGAUACGUAAGUGCUCUGUGUUUGUUUGCUUCUUGCGGAACGAAGCUCUCGAAUAUGACUCAAGAAGGCCAAUUGCCUCCCCCGCCUGUUAUGUGGGCUCAGAGGAAAGAUAUUUUAUUUGUUACUAUCUGUCUAGAAGAUUGCAAAGAUCCUAUUAUUAACAUCGAACCACAAAUGAUAUAUUUUAAAGGAAUAGGUGGAACAGAACAAAAAAUGCAUGAAAUAACAAUUAACCUAUAUGAAGAAAUUACCCCAAAUAGAACAAUUCAGAACUUAAGAGGAAGGACUUUAGAAUUAGUUCUUUUUAAAAAAGAAGAAGGUCCAUAUUGGCCAAGAUUAACAAAAGAAAAGACGAAAGCCCAUUGGUUGAAAAGUGAUUUUAACAAAUGGAAGGAUGAAGAUGAUAGCGAUGAUGAAGGUGGCAUGGAAGGAAGUAGUCACGAUUUGGAAGAAAUGAUGCGACAGAUGGGUGGUCUAGGAGGAUCUGGAGACAGUAAACCAAACUUUGAUGAUUUAGACGAACUAGGAGAUGAAGGUGAAGGAAUGGAUAGUGACGAUGAUGAUUUGCCUGACCUGCUUGAAUGAAAAUAUUAUGAUGCUACUUUAAAAUAAUCUUCAUUAAAAAAGUAAAACAUACAAAAACAAAUGGCGACCUAAGUGCACCAUCAGGCAAUAUUUCAAUAGGCCAUGCUAUUUGUAUUUUCAUUAAAUUUGCUAAUGGCCCACAUUGCAGUAGCAGACAAAUAAGGUGCACAAGAAAUUGUCAACAUAACAGAAUACAGUGGUCAAGAGAAAAAAAAAAACAGUAAUAUUCUUUUUAAAGAUUUUCCAAUCCUUCUUUACUUCGUAAUUCAUAAUGCUAAGUUAUAAUGAACAAUCCUUUUUUAAUAAUAAUUACUUGUGUAUAAUAUGAAGGAGAUAAAAUAAUGAAAAUGACCUAAAUUUUUUGUGGAAUUGUUUAUUUCAGAAAAUCCCAUUAAAAGAACUUGAUACAUACAAUGUAUGUAUGUAUAAAAAAAAACAAUUUUUAUUAAAAAUAAUCUUAUUUUGUCUCUUUAUAAAUUCGAUAUAUUUUUGUUUACAUUUGCAGCCUUAUAAUUAAUUUACAGAUUUACACCUAUUUCGUUAUUCUACAAUAAGUAUGAUAUAAUUACAAAAUAAAAUAUCCGUGUUCUAUAUUAUUUAAAUAUAAGGAAAUUAUAGAAAAUAAAAUUCUCAUUUAUUUUAUCCAACAAUACUGGAGGCACCGCGCAACGCUAGAUAUCCAGCAGUUAUAUCCAUUGGUAGACUUCGAACUGUUGCAAAUUCUUCUGCAGUUGCAUAGUAUAAUUUAGUUUGUGGAUCUGUAUAUCGUGACUGUAAAAUAAAUAUAAUUUAUAUA